GUCGUCUCCGUGUCACCGACGCCAGAGCAACCGCUUCCUUCUCCGCCGCCUCCUCCUCCAUUCCACCACCGCUCCACGCGAGUCCCCCCCCCCCACCACACACAUUCCACAAGAGCAGAAGCGCAGGCUAGGAUCCGCGGGUCCGCCGUGCCGAGGGAGGUGGGGACAUCGAGCUCCGCCGCGGCGCGCGCGUCUCCGGCCCGGCGAGAUGUUGGGAGAGCUCCUGUCGAAGAUCCUGCUGCUGCUGUUCGGGUACGCGAUGCCGGCGUUCGAGUGCUUCAAGACGGUGGAGACGCGCCCCAACGACGCGCACUUGCUCCGCUUCUGGUGCCAGUACUGGAUUAUUGUGGCUAUGGUGAUAGCCUUUGAGAGCCUCAUCUCUUGGAUGCCAAUGUAUGGAGAAAUCAAGCUAGCUUUCUUUGUUUACUUGUGGUACCCCAAAACGAAGGGAAGUGAUGUUGUAUAUGACACCUUUGUUCGGCCCGUAGUGAUGCAAUAUGAACCAAACAUUGAGCAGAGGUUACUGCAUCUGAGGGCGAAAUCUGGGCAAUUACUUACCUUCUACGUCAAGAAUUUCGCGGACAAAGGAACGGCUUUCUUCAUGGAUGUCCUGCGCUAUGUAGUAUCUGACAAACCUGAAGGAUCCAAUGCAGAGCAGAGGAACAAGAAGUCCGGAUGGAACCCAUUCGCGACCAAACGCCGGCCGCCGUCGCCGCCCCCGCAGGAGUCCAUCUUCGACAACCCCGACGCCGCCGUCAUUGCCGAGGCUCUGCGCGCUACUAUCGGCGCCCAGCCCCGCCGAGCGCAGAAUGGCAAGCAUUACUAGACGAGAGCGACUCUUACAGCAACUUUAUUUAGGAGAUGAUUGUUUGUACUUUGUACAUAGAAUGAAUCAAAGAAAGGCAGAGAAAAAGAGAGUACAUAGCAAAAUUCAGCAAUCCAUUGACCAUUGUGAAGAACAGAUGUGUACGAACUACGAGGUAUGGUUGAGGUGAUAGAAAUCGUUUAUUUUUCUUUCA